AUGAGUGAGGAGACGACGUAUUUCAAGCCCAUUGGCGAGCAGGUGGCCGAUGCGUCUGGCGUGGAAGACAAAAAGCCUGUGGAAGAGAUUGAGUCGCUGUGUAUGCAAUGUGGCAAGCAGGGCGUGACGCGGCUGCUUCCGACGUACAUCCCCUACUUCCGUGAAGUGAUUGUGAUUAGUUUCUCAUGCCCGCACUGUGGCAAUCACAAUAGCGAGGUGCAGAGUGCCGGAGAAAUCCAGCCCAAGGGAUGCAUUUACACGGUGCAUGUGACGAACAAGAAGGAUCUCAACCGACAGAUUAUCAAGUCGGAAUUCUGCACGAUCCAAGUCCCUGAACUCCAGCUGCAGAUCCCAGCGAAGCGCGGCCAGAUCACAACGAUCGAAGGUAUGCUCCAGGACACGCUGCGUGACCUGGAAAUCGACCAGCCAGUGCGGAAGCACAUGCAGCCGGACGUCUACGAAAAGAUCGAGGCACUGUGUGAGCGUCUGCGUGAAGUGCUGGGCGAGCACAAAGUAGAAGGCAGCGAGGCGCGUGAUGACGAUGGCGAGUUCCAUGUGGGUCCCGUGGGUGCGCAGUACGAGGACGAUGCCGAAGAGCGCACGUUCACGCCGUUCAAAGUCGUGCUGGACGACCCGUCCGGCAACAGUUUUGUGGAGUACACGGGCUCCAUUGAGAGCAGCGGUGCCGCGGACAACAAAUGGAGCAAGCGUGACUACCCACGCACCAAGGAGCAGAACAUUGAGCUGGGUCUAAUCGCCGAUCCUGCUGUGCCGCGUGGUGAGGAUACCGCCACCCAUGGCUUCAGCAAGGAAGAGGGUGAGACGGAGUUUGAGAACGAGGAGAUUUACUCGUUUGAAGGCACUUGCUCGAGCUGCAAUGCGCCUGUGAAGACGAACAUGAAGAAGGUGAACAUUCCAUACUUUAAGGACAUUCUGAUCAUGUCGACCAACUGCGACCACUGUGGCUACCGUGAUAACGAAGUGAAGUCUGGCGCGGCGAUCAGCGAGAAAGGCCGCAAGCUGACAUUGCAUGUCACUGACAGCGAAGACUUGUCGCGUGAUAUCCUCAAGUCGGAGUCGGCUGGUCUGUCGAUCCCCGAAAUCGAUCUCAACCUGGCGCCAGGUACGCUGGGUGGUCGUUUCACGACGCUGGAAGGCUUGCUGCAAAACGUCUACGAUGAGCUCUAUGAAAAGGUGCUCAUGCGUGGUGACUCGGCGGACAAGAGCAGUGUCGAGACGUUCGAGGGAUUCCUUGGCAAGCUGAAACGAGCGAUUAGUGCAGAGCUGUGCCCCUUCACGGUGAUUUUGGACGAUCCCCUGGCCGACAGCUAUAUUCAGAACCCCUACGCGCCUGAUCCCGAUGAGCAGUUGGAGGUGGAGAACUACGAGCGUACGUGGGAGCAGAACGAGGCGCUGGGCUUGAACGACAUGAAGGUCGACGAAUAUGAAGCGCCUGCGACGGACGACACAGCCCUGGCUGCGUGA